AUUAGACAUUUUUCAUUCGAUAUCACUUAAUUCGGAUAAAAACGUGUCGAUGGAAACAUCGCUACAGUCACAUUUUAGACUGUUUGGCCAGCAUUUUAAUCAUUUUUAAUCCAGCUACUAACUAACGGUCAGUGUUGUGCCUGAACGCGUUCAAUGAACGAUAGUUCAUGAACACGUUCAUAUUUAGGUCUGCUGCUCACUCGGCUGGAAAAUGAAUCUAGCGGGAGUGUGCGUCAAACACAUGUUCCACGACAACACCAGGCUGCCCACAGUUGCGCCCGCCUAAUAAUCGGCUCGAUAUACUUGGAUAUUGGGCGAUGCCGAUUAUGUUAAAAAAUGCCAAAAAUCAGCCGAUUAAUCGGUCUACCUCUAAUUUAGGCCUAAAUUUAAUAUUUGCAUAUUUGAAUUUCUUCUCAAAUUUCAAUCUAUUUUGGGUUACGCCGUUUUAACAUAAACCAAUAGACUUAAAGUGAUCCAUGUUUAUUAGUAAUACAUGCAUUAAAAAGAAUUAAAAAAAAAAUGGUUGUAUUUAAAUAAUCAUAUUUUCAAAAUAUGAUUGCUUUGAAUCAGCAUAACUGUAUGGGAGCUUGUUUCCGUUACAGAAUAUAAAGGAUGCAAAAUUGCAGAACUUGCAAUUGCAGGGAAAAAGUCUGCAAUUUUCAUUUCUUGUUUGGUCAGAAUCGUGACAUUACAACUUGCAAUUACGAGGUUAUAAAUCCAAAUUGUGAGAUAUAGUCACAGCUGCGAGUGGGAAAAAGGUCAGAAUUGUGAGAUGAAAUGUCGCAAUUGCCUUUUAUCCUCUGGCAGAAACAAACUUCCAUAUAAAUCUUAAAAAGAAUUAAAUUAUUAUUAUUAUUAUUAAAAUGUAAUGAAUUAAAUCUGUUUGUUCAGUUUGUAAAAGUAUGAACCGUUAAAAUAUGAUUAGAAAAUGUAUGAGAUUGAAACAAACUGGACUGAUUGAUAAAUAUAUUAAACCUGAUGUAAUUAAAACACAUUCAGGUCAUUACUAUUACAGACAUCUUGCUUUUUUCCUUUAAGUAUGACUGACAUGUCACACUAAGUUUAUAAGUUUAACUACUAAUCCAAAUGCAUGGAAUUUUUUUAAUUUUUUUUUUUUAGAUUUUUUAACAUUUAUGUAUGAAUGGUAUUGUGACAUCUACCUUAAAUGGGGAAGCGUUGGGGUUGGCAUAACAUCUGAUCUGCAUUGUCAUUGAGUGCUUUUUCUCUCUCUCUACAUAAGGAUUGCUAAAGCACUACGUUUCGAGAAGUGUUAUUGUGGGAAACGUCAUGUGAAAUGUAGGAAAAAGUCGGUCAGAUUAUCCGUGAACCAGACUGUCGAAGUAUGCUCCGUCUUGCCUGUUAUGGUCUUCUAGCUUUUUACAUAGUGUUGCUUUGAAGUUGGUUGCAGCACUUCCCAUUUGAGUCUUGCGUGAGUAAUAUUCCUCACUUAACUCAAAAUCCCCCCAGGACUUUAUAGAACGAGUAAAUCCCAAAUUAGCCAAUCAACUCUACAUGGUGAUUUGAAUGGAUUCUAUUUAAAGUGUGCAGUGAUAUUUGCUUGGUAAAGAUGAAGUCAGCAAAUUGAACUGGAAUAAAGUACUUGAUCAAAUGAAUUCAACCUUGGUGAACAUAAUCUCAUUGUGAAUAAUCAUUAAUUAAGUUUGGGGUCAUUGUUAAAAUAAUUAUCUUGAGUAAAUCAUGUUUAUUUUGAUCUCAUGCCGACUUAGCCAAGAAUUAGCCAUGUUUUAUAGAGUGAAUAUUGAAAGACGAACAUGUUCCCUUUAUUGUGGGAACCUAAAGUUGUGGUUAACAAGUUAUGAGAAUGAUUUAUUUUAAGUUGAGUAACGUUUUCAAGUAAAAUGAUUAAACAUUGUAAUAACUCUGCAGUUUCUGGUUCGACAGGCACAAAAAAACCCCUGGCCGAAGCCUGACUCAUGAAGUGUCUUGUGAGCUCGCUGACUGUGACAUGCAACAGGACUGCAUCAUAGCUGAAGACUCUACUGAGCAUCCCAGAAAACACUUGACGACUGUCAUCCUGAAACUAUUUUCCACAGUCUUUCAACAGGAUCCCUGUGCUGAGAUGUGUGUCGGUCACUGCUCCAGGAGUGUGGGAACGGCUCUUAUACCUAUAGCCAUCAUCUGCAUGGUGGCAAAUGUGCUUCUGCUGUUUCCAGACAUGAAGUCUCAAUACCUGACAGAGCGUCAUGUGACCACAGAGGCCAUGUUGUGCUCCGGGAUAUGGGCAUCUGGCCUUCUGGUUCUUGUGGCUGCUCGAGGCUUCACAACACGUUACGAAAAGACAGGAUGCUGUUAUUUUACUGCUGAGGUUUUUCGUAAAUUGGGGUACACGUGUUUGGCUAUUGUGGCAGCGGGGUUGUGUUUCGUGGUCAGUGGGACAGGGCUGACACGGGGACCCCUCUGUUUACACAACGGCACUGAAGGCCUAAAGUGGGAACGCCCAUUAAAACCAGUCAAAAGUGGAGAGUUUCUUUACCUGUACGAUCCGGAGCGAUGGGCAUCGGCGUGUGUGGAGCCUCAACGUGUCGUGAUCUGGAAUAUUGUUCUUUUCUCCGUCCUCAUGGCAGCGAGUGGCCUUGAGCUCGUCUUAUGCCUUCUCCAUCUCCUCACCGCCAUACUGGAGCUCAUGUUUGGACGGGCCUUCUGCAAGAAUAAGGUUGUUCCUGCUUGAAAUUACUUGUUUCUAUAAUUUUCAUGUGCAUGUGAGAAUGACAUUUUUUUUGGAGGUUAAAAUGCCAUCUAUGACUACUUGGCUUAUUUUAAACAGAGAAAAAAUAGAAAUGAGAAGUGGAUUAGGAAAGUCAGUUUUCACAUGCCUGAAUCUUUUACACCAUCCAUGUGCCUGUUGCUCAGCUGGUUCAGCAUAAUGCUGGACAAAUAUAAAUAAGCUAUUUAAAAUAUAUACGUAUAUGUGACUAAUAUAAUGUGAUAUUCUCAGAACGCACUUUAAUCUCUAUACACUGUAGGAAUGUGAGUAAUUUAAUGUAUAUAUUUGGGAGAAAAUACUGAGUUUAUAUAGUUUUGUUGAUACUGAAAUGCAAUAGAUGUUCUAUUUAUUGAUUAAAAUCAAAUUGAUCUAA